AUGUCGACCACUAAAGAAGUGCCCUCUCAUAGCCAGCCACAACCGCGUAUUCCAGAAAAAUAUCUCGAUGCUCCAACACAGAGACUCUAUGUAUUAAGCUUUGGGCUCCUUAUUCAGGCCAUCAAAAUAUUCGACUUUUUGCAGUAUCUAUUCGCAUCAGAUACUACCAGCAUUUCCCGCUAUGGCCAAAAAUGGCUCCUCGUAGACCUGCUAUAUUGCAUUGGCCUCGGGCAACUUCGAAUACCACGGCUCAACUACGCAACGACUGUGAUUGUUCUCCAGGUCCUAUCUUUGUGGUUGUUGGAUGGGCUAUUAUUUGGCGGGAUCCGUUUACAUCUUUUUGGAGGGUCUGGCUCAGCAGACCUGUCUGGUCAUGAUAUUGCUACUACUAGCACAUUCAGCAUCUUGUCUAUUCUGACUCUGGGCCUGCUGACCGGUGAGAGCUACGCGGGAAAGGAUGCACAUUUGCUGGGUCAGCACACGGUCCGCAUGUCACCCAUCAGUACUGCACACCUGAAUCCUUUCGGCCAAACGUUUUGCCUUGCUACAUCCUCGGGCAGUGUUCUCAUACCUAUCCUGCUGAACAACACGAGUCCUCAUGAGGUUCAUUUCUCGAUCACCCCACUCGGCUACGUCGAAGGCUCCGGCGACAGAAUUCAACCGAAAACUUCCUACGCUAAGGACUUGAAGGCUAUAGAGAAUGCACGCAUCGAAGCGCUACACCUGGCCAAAGGGGCCUCAAAGCGGGACGAGGAUGAUUAUGACUACGACGAAUAUGACGACGAGGACGAAGAGGCUCAGCGGGAUCCUCAUGCGGCGAAAAUGCAGAAAACGCAGUCACUGGCACACAUUCGCAUCUCGCAGCCCGGGACGGUGCGUUUAACGGACGUCACUGAUAGCUCCCGCGUGGGUGCGCGCAUUGUUUAUCCCUCGGAGGUCACCAUUGCGCCGUGCCCCCGUGCGCAGUUUGUUGACGGCGAUGCAAUCACUCGUGGUGACAACGUCCGUUGUGCUGCGCCGGGACUGGGAAGCGUGGGAGGACGAGAAAGGGAUGUUGAGCUAGGUUUGAGCAUAUAUGGUGUUCCGCCAUUAAGCUUGAAGUGGUUCAAGGAUAUCAAUGGCAAACGGGAAUACUUCACAGUGGAAGGCAUCCAAGAAGGGCAUGCCACCCAAACCGAUGGAAUUCACUCAUCUUAUGCCGCGGCUCAAGAUGUUCAUGUUCCUCUGACUGUCUCUGCUGACGCCCUCGGAACGCACACCUAUGCUCUUGAAUCAGUGAUGGAUGGCCUGGGGAAUGUGGCAUACAUGAGCCAUUCUGUGCUCACCAAGGAUAGUAAUAGCUCUAUUUCCACAGAUGCCAACACGAAGAACACUAGAACGCUACACGUCCUACGUCGACCGACCGUCUCAUUUAAGGGAUGCGGUCCCGGGAAGCCUGCAUCCCAGCGCAUCGGAUCGGAGGUGCCACUGAUUGUCUCUACGAAUGAGGCCGACCCUCUAGAUGGCCCAUGGGAUAUCACCCUCAAGUAUCAAGCCUCGCCGCUCGCAGACGAAACUGGGAAGGCCGCUAACAAGCGAUUCAAACCUUGGAAGAAGAACUUGGCGACGCCCAGGGAUAAACGGGAGCUGAUUGUCAAAGCAAACACCCCUGGCCAAUAUACGAUUGUCGACGUCAAGGGCAAGUACUGCGAGGGAGAUGUUCUCAGCCCGGAAACGUGCACUGUCAUUGAGCUUCCCCUACCCACUGCUGAAAUUGAGUGGCGACGCAUACACGAAUGCUCUGGUGAUACUGGAGUAGCUGCAUCACUUGUUCUCCACGGUACACCACCGUUUCAAGUCAAUUACCGUAUGCAACGUGACAAGGAGCCUCCCCGCGAGCUCGUUCAAACUUUCUCCGGCUCGCGAGGCGAAAUGACGCUUCAACCUCCUCAAAGUGGACAUUACAUUUAUUCGUUCACCCAUCUCAGCGAUGCCAAUUAUCAGAAGGUGGAAUUAAAGGGGCCUAGCAUCGAUCAAAAUGUACAUCCUUUGGCGACAGCCCGCUUCGUGCAAACCGGAAUACCUGGUCGGGAUAAGCAGACUAUCAACAGCUGUUCAGGCGAUGUGGUCGAUGUUGAUGUGAACCUCCAAGGCACAGGUCCGUGGAACCUGGAAGUCCAGCUAGUUGGGCCGAAGGGAUCUGAGAUCCUCGCGUUCACUGGAAUCGAAACCGCCCGGAAAACCUUAGAAUUACCCAUUCCAAAAGCUAUCAACCGGGAUGGCGGAACGUUUGAAAUUGAUCUUGUAAGCAUCGAAGACUCCUACGGAUGCAAACGACCUUUGUCAGUCCCUGGAGUGUCGGUGAAUGUGAGACGCAUCAAGCCCACAGCUCGAUUCUAUGGCAAAGAAGGCCAACGCCAAGUCACAACUCUCGAAAAUGAACAAGCCAACUUACCGCUCAGGUUGACGGGUGAUGGGCCAUGGCGCAUCAAAUACCGAACCCUUGAGAACCCUGACCACGUCCAAUACGCGACACUCCGAACGCCGAAUGACCAUCUUGUCGUCAACGAAAAGGGCCUGUAUGAAAUAAUGAGCGUCACAGAUACACAAUGCCCCGGCAAUGUAUUUGCCGAUGGAUCCACAUAUCGAGUUGAUUGGGUGCCCAGGCCAUCUGCCCAGCUCUCAAAGGAUACGAACGCGGCCUACGAAGCAUUCAACGGCUCUUUCAUUUUGCCGCCAAUCUGCGAAAGUCAAGGCGGUCAUGUUGAUCUUGAUCUUACCGGACGUCCGCCCUUCCAGAUCAUGUACAACAUUGCUCGGACAAGCGAAUCAGGUGGUACAAGACUGGUCGACCAGCCAAUCUUCAAUAGCAUUCAAUCGCGGACCAGAUUCCAGCUUCACACCUCAGAACCUGGGCGUAUCUUCUACGAAGUCAAGCAAGUAGGCGAUGCUGCUUAUCCAUUAUCCAAGCACAAGGGGGUCGUCAUCCCCCGGUUCCAUAGGCCCCUCUUUGAACAAGAAGUACUCAUGCGUCCUUCUGCUCGGUUCAAAAGCCCGGAUCGGUUGUCGUAUUGUCUGCACGACACUCUUACUCCUAGGGACAAGUCAAGCUCAGAUGGGUUGAUCUUAUUAGAAGGCACGCCACCGUUCGAGCUGAAAGUCUCUGUCCGUAACUUGGCCGCGGGCGAAACACACACGGAGACCAUCGAGUUGGAGAAAACAACAUGGAAGUUGAAUUUGCCAUCAUAUGCAUUCAAGUCUGUCGGCAAGCAUUACGUUACUAUCGAAUCGGUGCGAGAUGCAUCGCACUGUGAGCAGACCGUUCCGGAUCCGCACGAAAGAUCAAUAUGGGUGGAUGUAGCCGAAUCCGCUGCCAUCGUACCGUUUGAUCGCAGAGAACAUUUCUGCGUAGGGGAUGUCGCCCAAUUCCAGCUUGAGGGCAUUCCUCCAUGGACCAUUGGGUACCGCCUGAAUGGCAAGUCUUACACACAAGAAGCGAAGGUAUCGCCAUUCGCACUGGCCCAACAACAGCCAGGGGAAUUCAGAAUCGCGUCCAUCGCUCAUCAACAAAAAAUGUGCAAGUCCAUUGUGACCGACCUUGGUUAUACCGUCCACUCGCUACCGUCGGCGCAGGUUGGGCAUGGGAAGAGGGUGUUCCAGGAUAUCCAUGAAGGCGAUCAGGCCGAAAUUACCUUCACUUUGGUCGGAGAGCCGCCAUUCACCUUCACGUAUCAGCGUGCGGAAGUCAGCUUGAAAAAAGGCGGCAAACCUGGCAAGGUCCUCGAAACCCAUACCGUCUCGGGCGUCACUACGAAAGAAUAUUCAAUUUUCUCUGCCAUGGAAGGCACAUGGACAGUAACGUUCAUCUCAGACCGUUACUGUCGAUACCCACCCGCCGCUCCAGACGGAAGCAUGGAGAAGCACUAGAGGCAGAUACGUUUGAGGACGACGACUGAUGACACAUGUAGCUAUAGAAUCUGGGAUACCAGGCAUGCACUAAUUCGAGAUUCACGAACGACAUCGGCGACCGGAGUGUUCUUUCGUUGAACAAUGCUCAAAGAUACCAAAACUUCUCUUUUUGUUGAUUCACAUUGCUACAUACGAGCCCAACGUCUCUCCCUGAUUUAGCUAGACUUGAGCAGAAGAGAUGUAGAACC